UACGUAAUGGUACUGUCAUAUGACUCAUAUCUGUCAAUUACUUAAUUGAAAACUGCUCGUAGCUCCAACAGAAACGCAAAGAAUGUGCAGAACUAGCUGUAUUGAUAGGCUUGCAAUCUAUUGACCCUUAACCAGCGCAAAUCGAUCAUCAAAUUACACAGUGAUCGAUCGAUCGAGAGAGAGAGAUCGGUCGAUGGAAGAUGUCAGAGGCACAGUUUGUGUAACUGGUGGAACAGGAUAUGUAGCCUCAUGGCUGAUUCUGAGACUGCUUCAGCAUGGUUAUUCUGUGCGAGCCACCGUUAGAUCCAGCCCUGCUGAAGGCAAGAGAGAUAUAAGCUACCUGACAAGCCUACCAGGAGCACAAGAGAAACUCCAAAUCUUUCAUGCAGAUCUCAACAACCCUGAGACCUUCAAUGAAGCCAUCCAAGGCUGCACCGGUGUCUUCCACCUUGCUCACCCCAUGGACGUUGAAGGAAAAGAACCCGAGGAAGUCGUAACCAAACGAGCCCUGGAAGGAACGCUGGGAAUUUUGAAGGCAUGCCUAGAUUCCAAGACUGUGAAGCGAGUGGUUUACACUUCUAGUUUGGCCACGAUAUUGUUCAAUAGCAAGAGCCUUGAAGAAACUGAUGAGAACACAUGGAGUGAGGUUGAUGCUUGUCGAAGUAACAAGCUUGUGAGCUCUUCUUACUUGGUUUCCAAGACUGUGGUGGAGAGGACAGCCCUGGAGUUUGCAGAGAGGAAUGGUUUGGAUCUUGUCACUGUGGUUUUGCCUAUAGUACUUGGACCUUUCGUUUGUCCAAAUGUUCCUGCUUCGGUGUACAUGGGACUGGCUCCCAUUUUUGGUGACCAAGAGCAAUGCGAAUAUCUUGUUAGCACAAAUAUGGUGCACAUAGAUGAUGCAGCGAGUGCCCAUAUCUUCCUUCUUGAACAUGCUAAUGCAAAAGGGAGGUACAUUUGCUCGUCGAUCCAAACAACGAUUCGUGAGCUAUAUGACUUUCUUUCCGCAAGAUACCCAGAACUUCAUAUAUCAAUACCAGAUCACUUAAUGGAGAUUAAAGGUUACAAAGGAACUACUGUAUCAUCAAUGAAACUGUGGAAUGCUGGCUUCAAGUUCAAAUGCGGCAUUGGGGAGAUGUUUGAUGGCGCUGUUCAAUCUUGCAAAGAGAAGGGUUUUCUAUAGUUCAUGACUUCAUGUUAGUACGAAUUGGUCUAACUAACGCGUUAAGUGGUCUAGCUAGGAUGUCACAAAUUUAAAUCUCACUGGCAUUAGACCUAAUUAAGUUGGGAAGAUUAAUUAAAUAUAUGCUCGUGUGUAAUUCAUGUUAUGGAAGUAGAUGUUUGUACGUAACA